AGGCAUCACGACCCAUGGAGGCAUCCUAUCCUAUCCUAUACCGAUCCUAUACCGAUCCUAUGAUGAUCAUUGUCAUUGUCGUUAGUUGAGGUCUCAUACUCGCUAGAUUCUCUCACCUGGUCAUUCUCCUAGUUCAAGUUGUCCUUCUUACAUUCGAGAUGAUGUAGGUAGGGGUCCGCUGCAGCUCUGUUCGUUUUGGCCUUGAUGAUUCUACAAUCCUCAAUCGACCGCAGUCUAGUUCUUACAACAUUACUACUACCUUAUUUCCAGGACGACUACUAGAAUUACGAAGUUGUAGAGGUUUUUUCGCCAACGAAGUCUAGCAGAAGAACUAGGUUAUUUUCACGACAUCAGUCUUAGUCACGGUCACAGUAAUCACGUAGGACACGAGUGGUUCAAUGGCGUAGAAGGACACGUCUUCAAUUUCCUAGGACAUUGCUUCUACUUCAUAGCACAGAAGUUCUUGCGUAGCACAAAAUGGGUCGAGUCUUUGAGAUCCCACCAGCUGACCGCGAGAGGGAGCCGCGAAGAACGGAGAACAGAAUCGACAUCAUCGAUGCAUGCACGACGACGAUGGGAAAAUCUACGACAGCAGCUACUACAGCGGGAACUAAAUCUUCUUCCACAACUUCUUUGUCCACAACUUCUUUGUCUACAACAGUACUAGAGGUUGAAAUCCCGCCAUCAGCAGACCCGCGUAUGAAUCCUCGUUUGAGAAGAAACAAGUCCUCCCCCUAUCUCACCAAGUACGAGAAGUGCCGCGUAUUGGCUCAACGAACCUUGCAGAUUCAGAGCAACGCGCCUAUUCUGCUGGAUUUGACCAAGAAGUACGAUGGGGAAGUAAUUAUGCUGAACCCGUCUAGAAGUGAAGGCACCGACGCGACCAGAAUCGCGGAACUAGAGCUACGAGAAGGUCUCAUUCCGUACGUGAUUCGGCGCUACUUGCCAGGAAGGAGCCAAGGAGGUGCAGAAGAGUACGAAGACUGGAGGCUGUGUGACUUGUUGGAUGCGGAGGAUUGGUGA